AUGGGUAUUCCAGACCACGAUCUUGACACGCUCGAACAGCGGCGACUUGCCCUUGAAAGAAACAUCUCCGAAUUACAAAAAUCUCUCUACCACUGGAGAACAUGGGAGGCCGAGUACGAUGGUCUGCGCGAAGAGAUUCGAGUACUGGAAGAUGACUCCACUGCGGAAGAGAUGCGAUCCAUCGCGCGUCAGUAUGAAGGUUCGCUCGUCAACGACGCGGAAAUCCAAGCGAUCCUCCGAACACAAGCCGGUGUCGACCGAUCGCGCACACAGGUCGUUGAUCUCCUCGGCCGACGCAUCGACUAUGUGAAGCAAAAUGUGGCGACCAUGGAGAAAAGGCUACGGGCCGCGGAGGAUGAAUUAUACACAUUGGAUUCAAAUGACCAGCCCCCAUCGGAUGUCUCCAGAGGUCAGGCAUUUCCUUUGAGCGAAAUUGUGGAGGAGCUAGAUGAGGAAGGAAACGUCAUUUCUAGUUCUGUCAAUAAGCCUGGAGACCAUGCGUCGGAUCUUCUGGAAGCUCUCAAAAAGGCCGGUGUCGAGAACAUCCCGCAAGAUUCCAGCUCCACUGAGAACGCCGCGGCGUCCACGGAUAGUCAACCAGCUGAAAAUGCGAAAACCUCAGAGGCUUCUGCGAGUGAAGCAGGGAACGAAACUCCCGCCCAGGCCGAAGAACGUGAAGUUGACGAGACGUCUGUAACAACGGACAAACAAGAAAAGCAAGAGGAUGAUCUUGAUUUGUCCAAGCCAGUGUCGCUCGUCACGCCGGAGGAUCGCGCCCAGUCUCCCAUCACCGACAUCGACGAACCUGCCGAUGAGGCUACUCUUCGCCGAGAGAUGCUCGAGUACGGCAUUCAUGAAGUCGGUGCCAUUGUUGCCGAAUUGGAGCUGGAUGAUAAUGCCAGCGAAUUCUCCGUCUCGGACGAAGAGUACGCGUAUGGCACAGAGGAUGAGGAGGACGAGGACGAAUACGGCCGGUCCCACACUUUCUUGUCGGAGGAGUAUCAUCAGCAAAUGCGGGAGCUGGAAGCCAAGCUCAACGCAAGAGGCAUGACGAAUCUAGGCAAAGACACCAAAACCUUCCCGGAAGAGAUCCGGCAAGAGAUCCAGACUCCUGAUGAUGAGCCCAUGGAAGAGGCUGGCAAUGUCGAAGAUGUUGCGAAGGAGAAGAAGCCGAAAAAGAAGGUUGCCUUUGCCGAGGAACUUGAUAUUGCGCCCUCCGCCAAAUCUACUGCGGCCGAGAAGAAGGACCCGUUACCGAAGCCACAAGCUAGCGUCCAAGUUCUGUCGGACGCCAUUGUUGAGCGCACGGCCAAGCCACAUGAGCCUAGGCCAGCAACGGUCAAGGCCCCAAAGAAAGGAUCCCGUUUCAGGAGCACUCGAGCUCUUGACUCUGAAGGCUCUACUGCGGAUCUUCCUGCCAAACCUACUCCCGCCCAAGUGCUAUCCCAGCCGAUGAAGUUUGGAAGGCAAAGUGACCUUAUCGACAUGAAGCCGCCAGCCAACCUUUUCCCUGCUACUCCCCAGGGGCCAAAGCCUUUCUCUACGCCCAUCGCUGAUAAUCUCGCUAGGCCAUCAGCUCCCAAGCCACCAGUUGGCCAAACUUCGGCCGACAAGCUAGUCGAGCGGGACAUCGCUCCCGGAUCAAUUACCGCUCCGGCUCCAGAUGAGCUGGACGAACAGAUCCAUCGGCGGCAGAUCGCUUCCGAAUUCUACAGGAUGCGAAACAGCAAGAUCCAGGCACAGGGUGGCUUCGUUGAUGACGAAGAGCCUGAGUUCGUCCCUAUUGAGGAACCUACCCAGAAGGUCAGCCGAUUCAAGGCUGCGCGUAUCAAGCCCUGA